AUGGCCACCCUCAGACCUCUGAUGAAGCAGAAGAUAGUUAAAAAGAGUUAUGGGAGCAACAAGAAAGGAAAACGCAUGCUACCCAGUGGCUUCCAGAAGUUUCUAGUCCACAACGUCAAGGAGUUUGAAGUGCUGCUGAUGUGCAGCAAAUCUUACUGUGCAGGGAUUUCUCACAAUGUCUCCUCUAAGAAUCACAAAGCUACUGUAGAAAGAGCAGUGCAGCUGGCCAUCAGAAUCACCAAUCCCAAUGUCAGGCUAUGCAGUGAAGAAAAUGAAUAG